GUGCCCGAGAGGGAGUUGACGUAAUCUGUUCGGUAAAUCAAGGCAAUCUAUCAAUUCUUUUCGCUUGUGUGCAGAUAUAGGCGUCCGCCUCGUAUCUCUACUGGAAAAUAAACUCGCCAAGGAGCCACCGAUUGCAUUCACGGGUCCAUCCUGCGGAGGAUACCGCUAUAAUGGGUGUUUUUCACCAAAGUGGACUUUAUAACAGUUUUCGUGCUCGCGGAAUUUGAUUUAAAAAAAAAAAACAACACGUCUUGAACGCUCGCUAGCUAACGUUAGUGUUCUCGCCGCUGUCCUGUGGUGCUGUCUUGGUGAGAGUCUUCAAACGAGGGAUAAACCAGGAAUUUUACUGGGAGACUGUCCUAAACCGCAAACAUGUCUGGGGCGUCUGUAAAAGUUGCUGUUCGAGUCCGGCCCUUCAACUCCAGGGAGAUGGGCAAGGAGUCCAAAUGUAUCAUUCAGAUGCAAGGCAAAACUACAACUAUUCUCAACCCCAAAGCCCCAAAGGAACCAGCAAAGACCUUCAGUUUUGAUUACUCCUACUGGUCACACACUACGCCGGAGGACCCCAGCUUUGCAUCACAGAACCUUGUGUUCAAUGAUAUUGGCAAGGAGAUGCUGGCACAUGCGUUCGAGGGCUACAACGUCUGCAUCUUUGCUUAUGGCCAGACAGGAUCUGGCAAAUCCUACACCAUGAUGGGCAAGCAGGAGGAGGGGCAGGAAGGGAUCAUUCCCAUGCUCUGUGAAGAUCUAUUUGAGAAAAUCGAUGAUGCCAGCAACAAAGAGGAGCUCUCCUACUCGGUAGAGGUCAGUUACAUGGAGAUCUACUGUGAGCGGGUGCGAGAUUUGCUGAACCCGAAGAACAAAGGGAAUUUACGAGUGCGAGAGCAUCCGCUACUGGGUCCCUACGUGGAAGACCUGUCCAAGCUGGCUGUCACUUCCUACACAGACAUUGCUGACCUAAUGGAUGCCGGCAACAAGGCCAGAACUGUGGCCGCCACCAACAUGAAUGAGACCAGCAGUAGGUCCCAUGCUGUUUUCACCAUCGUCUUCACACAGAAGAAACAUGACAGCGAAACAGAUCUCUCCACGGAAAAGGUCAGUAAAAUUAGCCUGGUAGACUUGGCAGGGAGUGAGCGAGCAGAUUCCACUGGAGCUACAGGCACCAGGCUAAAGGAGGGAGCAAACAUCAACAAAUCUCUCACCACGUUAGGAAAGGUCAUCUCUGCCUUGGCUGAAGUGACACAGGAUAACUGUACCAGCAAGAGCAAGAAGAAGAAGAAGACGGACUUCAUCCCGUACAGAGACUCUGUUCUGACAUGGCUGCUGAGGGAGAACCUCGGUGGAAACUCUAGAACAGCCAUGGUAGCUGCCCUCAGUCCUGCAGACAUAAACUAUGAUGAAACUCUCAGCACACUCCGCUAUGCUGACCGAGCUAAGAGCAUCAAAUGCAAUGCUAUCAUCAAUGAGGAUCCCAACAAUAAGCUGGUGCGUGACCUGAAGGAUGAAGUGGCUCGACUGAAGGAGCUUCUCCGUGCCCAGGGUCUGGGAGACAUCCUAGACAUUGAUCCUAUGGGAGAUGAUUGCCCAGGAAGUGGAAUCAAAUACCUCAAAGACAUUCAGAACAAUAAGCAUAGAUACUUGAUAGCCUCAGAGAACCAACGCCCUGGCCAUUUCUCCACAGCCCCUAUUGGUUCCCUGACAGCCUCACCCUCCUCUGGCUCGCUGUGUAACCAGGGGGGCCUUCAGUCGGUCACCAGUAUCCAGGAGCGCAUCAUGUCCACCCCUGGAGGAGAGGAGGCUAUCGAAAGACUCAAGGAAUCGGAAAAGAUCAUUGCCGAGCUCAAUGAAACCUGGGAAGAGAAACUGCGAAAGACGGAGGCAAUCCGCAUGGAGAGGGAGGCCUUGCUUGCGGAGAUGGGUGUGGCAAUCCGUGAAGAUGGAGGCACUUUGGGGGUCUUCUCUCCCAAAAAGACUCCCCACCUGGUGAACCUGAAUGAGGAUCCUCUCAUGUCAGAGUGUCUGCUCUACUACAUCAAAGACGGAAUUACAAGGGUGGGUCAGGCUGAUGCUGAGAGACGACAGGACAUUGUUUUAAGUGGUGCUCACAUCAAGGAAGAGCACUGCAUCUUCCGCAGCGAGAGGAAUGCCAAUGGAAAUGUUGUCGUCAUGCUGGUGCCCUGCGAGGGAUCAGAAACCUACGUCAACGGCAAACGUGUUGAGGAUUCCAUCCAGCUUCGUUCAGGUAACCGCAUCAUUAUGGGAAAGAACCACGUGUUCCGGUUCAACCAUCCAGAACAGGCCCGAGCUGAAAGAGAGAAAACGCCAACUGCUGAAACCCCCAUAGAGCCGGUGGAUUGGACCUUUGCGCAGAGAGAGCUUCUGGAGAAGCAGGGCAUCGACAUGAAGCAGGAGAUGGAGAAAAGGCUCACUGAGAUGGAAAUCUUGUACAAGAAGGAGAAGGAGGAAGCAGACCAACUUCUGGAGCAACAGCGACUGGUGUACGAGAGCAAAUUGCAGGAACUUCAGAAACAGGUGGAGACUAUUUCUCUGGUCGCUGAGACACCUGAUGAAGAAGAGUUGGAGGAGGAUGAGGAGGAAGAGGAAGAGCCUAAACUUCUGGGAUUGCCGUGGACUCAGCACGAGUUUGACUUGGCUCAGUGGGCUUUCAGGAAGUGGAGGUACCAUCAGUUCACCUCCCUCCGUGACCAGCUGUGGGGGAACGCCGUCUACCUGAAGGAGGCCAACGCCAUUAGUGUAGAGCUAAAGAAGAAAGUCCAGUUCCAGUUUGUCUUGCUGACAGACACUCAGUACUCUCCAGUACCCCCUGAGCUCUUGUCCCCAGAGUCAGAGAAAGAGCGUGACUCCAGGCCUUUCCCCCGCACCGUGGUGGCCGUAGAAGUUCAGGACCUGAAGAAUGGAGCCACGCACUACUGGUCCCUCGAUAAACUCAAACAGAGGCUGGAACAGAUGAGAGAGAUGUAUGACCGUGCUGGAGAAAUGGCCUCCGCAAACCAGGAGGACGGCGAUGGCACUAUGACCGGAAAUGACCCCUUCUAUGAUCGCUUUCAUUGGUUUAAACUUGUGGGGAGCGCUCCCAUCUUCCACGGUUGUGUUAAUGAGCACCUGGUUGACCGCACUCCCUCGCCGACCUUCUCCACCACUGACUCCGAGAUCACAGAGCUGGCGGACGAGCGACAGAGCGAGAUGUCCGACUUGAUUGAUGAUGAGGCUUUUGUGGAUGACACCAGCUCAGACGCCGGCACCGAAGAGGGCUCCGACAUCUUCAGUGACGGCCAGGAUCCCUUCUAUGACCGCUCCCCCUGGUUUAUCCUGGUGGGAAGAGCGUUCGUGUACCUGAGCAACCUGCUGUACCCUGUGCCACUGGUGCACCGCGUUGCCAUAGUAACGGAGAAGGGCGAGGUGCGUGGUUUCCUGCGUGUGGGGGUCCAGGCUAUAGCCGCUGAUGAGGAGGCCCCAGACUACGGGUCAGGAGUGAGACAGUCAGGAACCGCCAAGAUCUCCUUUGAUGAUGAGUAUUUCAAAAAGAAUGACUUUUCUUCCACGGUUAUGACCCACUCCGGCUUGUCCAUGGAAGAGCUGCGCAUUGUGGAGGGUCAGGGCCAGAGUUCAGAGGUCACCACACCCUCGGAGGAGCUCAACAGAAUCAAUGACAUGGACACCAAGCUGAGUUGUGGUGAUGGUCUGGCAGGCCAGCUGGAGGUGGGCAGCAUCUUUACCUUCCGUGUUACUGUGCUCCAGGCCAGUGGCAUCCCGCCAGAGUACGCAGAUAUCUUCUGCCAAUUCAAUUUCCUGCAUCGUCAUGAUGAGGCUUUUUCCACUGAGCCUCUGAAGAACACUGGCAAAGGAGCUCCUCUGGGCUUUUACCACGUCCAGAAUGUUUCAGUUGAGGUCACAGAGUCCUUCAUUGAGUACAUCAAGACCAAGCCCAUUGUGUUUGAAGUGUUCGGCCACUACCAGCAGCACCCGCUGCAUUUUCAUGGCCAGGAACUGAUUAGUCCUCCAACACCGUCGAGGAAAUACUACCCUAUUCCCAUGCCUCUGUCUAAACCAGUUCCAGCUACCAAGUUGAACACCAUCACCAAGUCCAACCUGGGUCAAUGCUGCAGCAAGUACGACCUGCUGGUCUGGUUUGAGAUCAGUGAACUGGAGCCCACCGGAGAGUACAUCCCAGCUGUAGUGGAUCACAGUGGAGGACUGGCCUGCAAUGGCACCUACCUACUGCACCAGGGCAUCCAGCGGAGGAUCACUGUGACUCUCAUCCAUGAGAAGGGAAGCGAGCUCCACUGGAAGGACGUUCGCGAGCUUGUAGUGGGUCGGAUCCGAAGCAAGACUGAAGUGGACGAAAGCGCUGCUGAUGCUGUCCUAUCCCUCAACAUCAUUUCUGCCAAGAACAUCAAGUCGUCCCACAACUCCAACAGGACUUUUUACCGCUUCGAGGCAGUGUGGGACAGCUCCCUGCACAACUCCCUCCUGCUUAACCGAGUCACUCCUUAUGGAGAGAAGAUCUACAUGACUCUGUCUGCAUACUUGGAGCUGGACCAUUGCAUCCAGCCUGCUAUUAUUACCAAAGACAUCUGCAUGGUCUUCUACUCCCGAGAUGCAAAGAUCUCCCCUCCCCGUUCCCUCAGGAACCUCUUUGGGAGUGGAUACUCUAAAUCCCCUGACUGCAAUCGAGUCACUGGCAUCUACGAGCUGAGCUUGUGCAAGAUGUCUGACUCUGGAAGCCCAGGGAUGCAGCGGAGGAGGAGAAAGAUUCUGGACACAUCGGUGGCUUAUGUGCGUGGAGAGGAAAACCUGGCCGGCUGGAGGCCCAGAGGAGACAGUCUCAUCCUGGAGCACCAAUGGGAGCUGGAGAAAAUGGAGCAGCUGCAUGAGGUGGAGAAGACCCGUCACCUGCUUCUGCUGAAGGAGAAGCUGGGAGACGAUGCUCCCCUGGGAACAGCUCCCACCCCGAAGUCCCUGAGCGAGUUGCUAUCCCCGAGCAUGAGCACAGGCAGCCUGUCCACCUCCACCUCAAUCUCCUCGCAGAUCUCCAGCACCACCUUUGAAAGCGCCAUCACGCCAAGCGAGAGCAGCGGUUAUGACUCGGCCGACAUCGAGAGCCUGGUGGAUCGUGAGAAGGAGCUGGCCACUAAGUGCCUGCGCCUUCUGACACAUACCUUCAACAGUGAAUACAACCAAGUGGUCAACAGUAUUAGUGACUGCAAGUUGUCUGACAUCUCACCAAUGGGUCGUGACCCAUCAGUGACCAGCUUCAGCAGCGCCACUCUCACCCCCUCCUCCACCUGCCCUUCUCUGUCUGACUCCCGCUGUGGUUCCAUGGACCAGAAGACCCCAGAGAACAGCUCCCGUGCCUCCAGUCCCUCCUGCUCGGACUAUGAAAACUUCCCCAUGGUUCCGACUUUGGAGUCCUCCUACCUUGCACGGGCUGGAAAAAACGAGUUCCUCAACUUGGUGCCUGAUAUUGAAGAAAUGAGGCCAGGAUCGGUAGUUUCUAAGAAAGGUUUCCUAAGCUUCAUGGAGCCGCGCUCCAACUCGUGGGUGAAGCACUUUGUGGUUGUGCGCCGGCCCUACGUCUUCAUCUACAACAGCGACAAGGACCCGGUGGAGCGGGGUGUCCUCAAUCUCUCCACAGCACAGGUGGAAUACAGUGAAGACCAGCAGGCCAUGCUCAAGACUCCCAACACAUUUGCUGUGUGCACAAAACAUCGAGGAAUCCUGCUGCAGGCCAACAACGAGAAAGACAUGAACGACUGGCUGUAUGCUUUUAACCCUCUGCUAGCAGGAACGAUAAGAUCUAAGCUGGCGAGGAGGCGCAGUGGCCUAAUGAAGAACUGAGUGGCUUGACUGGCACACAGGAAACCACGGCUUCCACUCUUUCUGGCAAGCCUUUUGAACAUACCAAGUGUUAACACUUAUUAAUCAUUGUGAUUCUUGACAGUUUUCUCUUGUAAGUAGACUUGUGGCUUAAGUCUCCUUUCAUGCGACUAAAAGUUUCAGUUCCGGAGAAAUUUGCCUCCCCUUCGCCCUCCAACAACCCUCUGUCAACUUAGCUUUCCUCCUCUCUAUUUCUCUUCCCCUCCUCCUCCUCCUCAGCUUUUUGUGUUUUUGUUUUUAUGACACUGUUUCGAUCUAUUUUUGUUCCGCUUUGUCGUCAUUCCCUAACUCCCUAACUAGUAGCAUGUUGUAAUAGUCUACUUGUGUGUGCACGAUUCUUCAGAAACUGUUCUUUCUGGCCACUAAUUUUCAUUUUUGCCAAUCAUCUGUAAAGAAAUUGUCUCUAUCCAUGUCAUUUGUUUGCCGAGAAGAGUUUGAUUUCAAUUUUUGGUCUUUGGUUUUGUUUUGUUUUUUAAUUAAGAUGCCUGCAUGCUAACUGCAGCAGUCGUCAGGAGAUGACCAGACCUGGUUUGCUUACUCAAAAAAACAUGAAAACAAAUCGGAUAACUUACAGUUGAAACCAUGAAGGUGAAAUAUACAAAAGCAACGCUACUUCAAGAUCUAUUGCUGCUAAUGAAUUAAUAGUUUUUUCUUCUCUUCAUGAGAUUUGCAUCAGGCCCCCCCGCCUCAAGCUCUCCUCUGCCGUCUUGUAAACGGCCUUAAGAUACAAAAUGUUAAGUCUGAAAAGCGUGUCCCAACUCGGCGAGACCUGAGGGCCGGGCUGGAUUACAACGGUCAUCCAUGUGAUGUCUAGAUCCCACUCCUCAGUCCGUGCACAUUCACUAACGCCAACCCUCGAUAGUGCCGUCAGUCAAGCGAUUACUUACAAUCAUGCAUUUGUGUCAACAUCCGAAAUACAUCAUAUCUCAUCAGUGGAAAUGUGACAAUGGAUUGUUCCUUCAGGAGUAGAUAUUUAUCCCUGUACUUUUACUAUUUCAUCUAAAGAACAAACAAGGUUUCCAGGAGGAGGAGUAGGAGGAAGGACAGAAUAUGCUUUGUACAUACAGUCUGUUCUGGUAUCAGUGUCGUAGUUAACUCUCGUUCAAGACAUUCCUCUCAGCUCCUCUAGCAGUUUUUCUUACACCAACUUGAGUUGAGCCUAAUAUUUAGUUCAGCCUGAUAUUUAGUUCAGCCAUCACAUGCAUGUGAUACCGAAGACAAAACAAAAAGUGUGAAAUGGAAGGAAGAAGAAAGAGAGAGAUUGAAGUUGCAAUGCUCUAGCCUUGACGCCAGUAGAUAAUUGAUGAAGCUGCUAGCACAUAGCCUGCAGGACAGAUAGUGAAUAGUCUACCACAUGACUCCCCCUCACUGUCAUGAUAGUGUUGGGUAAAAUCUCUAAAAAGAAGUACUUACUGUUGUUCAGCAGCACCACAGGUCACCAUUUUCUAUUUGUGUUCUUGAAUUUAAACUCAUCUAACUCUCAUUGGGUUGACAUUUCUUUUUUUAAUUAUUAAAAUAGUUUUUUUUUCUAUUAUGCUUUUAAUCAUUCCACAGUGACGUUUUAUACAAAAUGUAACCGGGCAUUUAUUUCUUUGUUGUAACCAGCUAUAUUGGUGUUAAACCUUAUUUUGCACAUUAACACAUAUCUAUAGCAAGACGAGGGCAGAUCACUCGUGUUUAGGUCAUGAUUAUUUUUGAUUAUCAGGAACACUGUUAAGAGCACAUAUCAAGGCUACACUGGAUAGCUGUUUAUUAGAAAGAAAGAAGUGAUAUUUAACGGACGACAUAUACGGAAAGGUUUUAUUUCUGAUAUUGUUUCUGAAAAUAUUUGCUCUGUACAUCGUACUACAGAUCUUACAUUUGGCUCCUGAUAGGUUAUACCCCUGUUUCUUCAAAUGGUAGAAGUGUGACGAGCACAGAUGGGCAUUAAAAAACGCUGGCCAACCAACCAGUAGUAUGCCCACUCUAUCAUAUGAAGGGGACAUUAGGGUUGACGGUUUUGAAACGGAGGUAGCCAUUGCCUGUUACAGAUAUUAGUGCAAUUAUUGGGGACAUGUGUUCAUCAGUUGCUGAUGUAAAGACAUGAAGAAUAUGCCUCAGACGUGAGAAUGAGUGAGAAUUGUGGAGCGUCACUGCCCUUGGGUCAGCCAACCUGCUGGUCAGAGAAACUGAAACCUGCUGAAUUGUUUCUGAGAAAAUGUUUCUCUCUUGUCAAGAAAGAAUAAUAAGAAUAAUAAUAAUGAAAAGCUAUCUAUGCACUGAUCAAGGCUCUCAGUGCAACGUACCUCACAUUAACCUCAGCGUAUUGUGUGAGAUACGUAUCGAUAUGAAGACCCGUCAGAGCAAACAUCUUCACGUCACUGACUAAUUUGCAGAAGUAUAUUGUUUUGGAUUGUGUAUUUAUUGUUUGCAAUGUACAUAUUAGUUUGCAGCUCUUUGCACAUAUUAAUAAAAGGUUCAACUAACUGAUCAAAUAAAGUCUGUGCGGUUUAGUUGUUCUACUCAGAGUGAACCAAAUGAUGGUGUGGCAGCCUCUUCCAGUCUGAACUGGGAGAGCGUAGAAUGUACUAUGAAGAUGUUUUUUUCCAUCGUUUAAUUAAAAAAAGGAAAAAAUAGAGCUUAAAUGUAACCCGCUGCAUCUUUUCCAGGGGAGGUGAGUUACAUUAGAAAGUGGUUUGAGUGAAAGUCUGUUUUGGAUUUGAAGAAUAUUUACUCACUACUCAUGCUAGCCAGCCACUUGAAUUAAAACAAAAUUUAGGGUGGUUUUUAAGUCGUUUAAUUUGUUUCUAAUAUCAGGGAAUAUAAUAUGAAGUAGCUAGUGACAUCUAAAAUGACAGUAUACUAUUGUUGUAAUGGUGUCUUUCUUCACCUCAACACUUUGAUUUUUUUUUUUUCCGUUGAUGCCUUGCAAAACAAAACUAGCCAUGGUAGUUUCCAUCUUCCCCUCUGACAAUUAAUAUCAGUUAACUGCGUUCCCUUUUGAUUUGUCUACCAAAAGAAAAAAGACAAACCACAACAUUUAACACUGUACAUUAUUUGUCAGACUGGUUUCAUUUUCAUACUUAUUUUGUAAAUAUCUGUGUUGUAUGGAGCUUGAAUUAAAAUGUAAAUAUGUUUACUGUAUUUGUAAUAAUUAUAAUCCAUUCGCUGUAUAGCAUAGAUGUGUCAUGCAGAUCUCCUAAUUCUGUGUAUGGUAAUCUUGCACCAUUGAACUGUUUAGUGAAUGAGGCAAAAAUAAAAGUGCAAACUGUGCAUUAGCAAAACAA